AUGACUGCAAAAUCUAUUUUUAAAUCUUUAACAUCUACAGAUAAAUUAUUAAUAAGUGAUGCAUUCUCACAUUACUCUGAUAUUAAAGAAAUUACUACAUUUCUUAAAUGUCAUAAUCUCUACUUUAAUAAUAUUACUGAGGUAUACAAAUGUAUACAGGAAGAAGCAAAAGAAGAGGGAUAUUCUUCUACUUCUAAAUUCUGUAGAGACAAUCGCUAUUACAAAGCAUUAUGCGAAUAUAAAAAAUGUAAGAAUCUUAUUUAUGCUAUUUUAGAAAAUAAAAUAGAUUUUAAUACAAUUGUAAUACCUGAGGAAGAGGAUAUUAUUGUGGGAGAAGAGACAUCUGUUGUACAAAAAAAAGUUAUAGAAUCAUUUAGUACUGAUUUUAUUACAGAACAUAAUUUAGAAAUAGAUAUUAGUCCUAAACAACAAGAACAAAUAGAACCUAAGACUAUUUACAAGGCUGUAAAAAUGAAAAUUGAAUCACCUAAAAAUAUUAAAGAAAAAAAAAGAUUUUAUUUACGAAUGGACGAGGAUGAAAGAGUACUAGAUGAUUAUUUUGAUUAUCUAAAUAUGAAGAAUAUUGAAGGAGUAAAAAGUACUUCUAAUCUUGAAAAAGGUAAUUCUAUGGUAGACAUUUACCCUUUAAUUGUUAGGGAAAGAGAUAAGGUAGUUAGGCCUUUAAUAGCAGAUGAUAAUACAAAAAGAGAAAAAAUAAGUGAGGAUGAGAUUUUAUGUCCUUUUGAACGUCUUAUGCAUAAGGUACAGACAACUAAACGACAGGAUAAGUACCAGUGGAAGAUUGAAUUGAAAAUUAUAGUAGAUUAUUUUUCUAAUAUUUUUUAA